UUUUUCAUUUUCUUUAAUUUUGUUGUCAAAAUGUCUCGAUGGAUAGUUUUGAGUUUAGUGAUGAUAUUGUUUGUUUAACUUAAACAUUUGUCAGUGGUUCCGAUAAGGUCUAUACUUCGUUUUUUUUUUUACCGUCGCGUUAUCGUUUUGUUGUCUCCUUGGUUUACCUAGUGAAAGUGAAUAAAUAAAUAAAAACAAAUUGUCAAGAAAAUCUUAAAAUCAAUAAAAGGAUAUACAUACUUCAUGAAAAUUGCUGUCGAAAUUAAAAAAGAAAAAAGUUGUAACACGAUUUUUAUAAAAUUCACUUUACGGGAGUAGUGGUGAUGAGUUCGAGCCAAUUAAUCGCCACAAUCCACACAGUCUAAGCCAACAGGCUGACGAGCACGAACUUCAAGACUAUCGGGCCUACACAAGCAGUGGUGCGCCCAAUAAUCUAUCCACAAAUCUGAUGGAUCAAUUGUACAGCGGCGCUCUGCAUGAGCGUUCAGCAGAGCGGUUUCUCAGCGAAAUGGCGGCUCUACAGGAACUUGUAUGUGAUUUAGAUAUUCGCGAGAACGGAGUCUUUGCAAAGGUCUUCCUGCGACGAGGUACCCGUUUUGGACCGUUCUCAGUAACAAAUUGCGGCGAUAAGCCCACCGACCGGAAAUUAGCCUGGGAGGGUGGAAAUAAUGACCAACAACGAGGUUGGUUAGAAACCAGGCCCGAAGUGGCAGCAUGGUUAAGAAAAAUCCGUUCAGCAAAUAAUGCCAAAGAAGCUAAUCUACAGGAUUUCAUAGUUCAAGGAGAUCUAUGGUAUGAAACAAGUAAAGAUAUUUCAGCUGGCGAAGAGAUUUCCAUUGAUUCCGAAUCAAAAAUUCUGCCUCGUUUAAAUGACAUUUUUAACACCAGGUUUAACUAUGACAACCGAAGUGAGAAGGAAAAUGGAUCUCAAUACAGCGGAAAUACAACUGGUGAUGACGAAUUUAAUAAUUCGUCCAACGAUCAGGAUAAUAAUAUUAAAAGUGAAAAUAAUAAUCGAAGCGUUGUUGAUAAUAAAAGUGAUAAAUUACAACCUGGUGAACAUCAAGAUACAGACGAUGAGAACGGAAUUGAUAUACGUUGUGAAGUCUGUGAGAAACCAUAUUACGAUUUAGAUCGAUUAGACGAACAUUUGGUCGCUGCACAUCACUAUCGCAAGGACGAAUAUAGCUGUGAUUUGUGUGUUAAGAGUUAUUCAUAUCGGCCGUCAUUAUUGAAACAUCGUGCAUUAGUUCAUAACGAUAUCAGGAAAUAUCCUUGUGAGAACUGCACCAAGGUAAGUGAAGAGGUUUUUUGUGAUCCAUCAAAUCUUCAGAGACAUAUUCGUGCCCACCACGUCGGCGCUAGAAGUCACGCGUGUCCCGAGUGCGGUAAAACAUUUGCUACAUCGUCCGGCUUAAAACAACAUACGCACAUCCAUUCUUCGGUCAAGCCAUUCCAGUGUGAGGUGUGUUUCAAAGCUUAUACGCAAUUUUCGAACUUGUGUCGCCACAAACGAAUGCACGCCGAUUGUCGCAUGCAAAUCAAAUGCAAUAAGUGCGGUCAGAGUUUUAGUACGGUAACAUCGCUAUCGAAACACAAACGGUUCUGUGAUUCAACAACAGUAGCUCCACCUACCGGAAUACCUACGCAUCAUCACAACCACCAUCAGCAUCCGCAUCAUCCGCACAUGCAUCAUCAGUCAGUGUCGAAUCACUCAAGUCAGAGAGGCAGCGGUCUUCAGCCGAACGGUAUACCAUCGGCCAUGAAUACUCCACCGAAUCCGUUCUUUAUGUUCCGAUCGCCACCGUUUUUCCCGCCGGGAUUUCCUUCGUACGGGCUGCCGGGAAUGUAUCCACCGUCGCCAGCACAGACAUCGAAUUUCCCAUUGUUGUUCCCGAAGCCUGCGAUGGAUAUUACAAUACCGCCACCGUCCGAUAAGGAACCUACUUCGCCACCAAUGAGACAUCCUAGCCAUCAUCAGCGAAGGAAUUCUAUGGAGAAGAGUUACUUUCCACAGAGUUUACGCAAUGUGGGUGGAGAUUUGAAGCCAUCAGCGAUGGUAGCGCCUCCACAGAAAUCACCUGAAUCGAGACAGUUCAAUGCACAAUCACCAAGGAGCAACCAUUCGAGAGGCUCCGAUGAAGAAACAAGUUCCUCGUUUAUCGAGUCAAAGCCGAUUGAUGUUGUGGUCAAGAAGGAAGAACCUGAACCAUCACAUCACGAGAACGAUGAUAUUGACUCUGGUGACGAGAAGAAACACAUAAAUGUGACAACCCCAUCGCCACCAGCUCCAGAAGAGGCCUCUACAUCAAACGGUGAACAACCACUUGACUUGACAGUAGGCCGAAAGCGAAAACUGGACGACGAAAGUAAUCCAGAAGUGACCACACCAAUCACUCCUAACACCACCCAAACGGAGGAUCUUGAACCUGUGAGGAAACGUCUAUCGUCCGAUGAGGCUCCCCAACAUCAGCCUUUCCAGGUGAAUAGUCCUGCGGCGUCAGUAUCACCAGGGCCAACUCCAUCGCCAUCACCUCCGAAUAACGGACCAGCAGCUAUGGCCUGCCCUCGACCCAUUCACCCAAUGCUGGUUGCUUUUUACAAUCAGACUCGACAGCCGGGCUUGGGAGUGGGGGCGGAUUUCUCAAGGCCAUUUCCUUUUUUAGGACCAAUGGGCGGACGGCCGACCUUUGAUCAUUUGCUACAUCGCAACGGACCGUAUCCGCCCAAGCCCACUUUCCAUGAAGCCCUAAUGGCCGCCGGAGGAAUAUCCGGUGGACUAACGGCUGCUCCGGGCAAAAUCAAAGAUCGAUACACGUGUAAAUUCUGCGGCAAGGUGUUCCCCCGAUCGGCGAACCUUACCCGCCACUUGCGAACCCACACCGGCGAACAGCCCUACACUUGCAAAUACUGUGAUCGCGCCUUUAGCAUCUCCAGCAACCUCCAAAGGCACGUGCGAAAUAUUCACAACAAGGAACGCCCCUUCAGGUGUCAUUUGUGUGACCGUUGCUUUGGUCAGCAGACCAAUCUUGACCGACAUCUGAAGAAACACGAGGCUGAUACUUCAGGACUUGGCAUUGGUCUUGGUGAUUCACCCUCGUCCAAUGAAGCCGACCGUGAGGACUCCUAUUUCGAUGAAAUUCGAUCUUUUAUGGGACAAGUGACGUACAAUGAAGAUCUGUACACGCCUACGAGUAUUGGUGGCGGGGAGAACGACACUGAAUGCAGCAGUGAUGUCGAGAAUGACAUCACUCCCAACAGUACCAAAGAUACGAUGAAUAACAAUGACGCCGCCAUCGAAGUCACCACAUAGACAUACAGAUAAAAACCAGGACGCAAUGCCUUAGACUAGAUAUUUGUUGGUAGUUGAAUUUUCUAGAUUUCCCUACUCGUUGUUAUACUCGUUAUAAGUUUAUUAAGAAAUAAUUAACAAAAAAAAAAAGUAUUAUACUACUGUCAUUGUCGCAAAAGGUGGACUUCUUCGUUUGUACAUAGAUACCACUGGACAAGGAGGAAAUCCUUCCAAAGGAAAAAUAAAUUAUAAAUAAAUGAGAAAAACCUAUAAAUUUAAAAUUUUAACUAAAAAUAAUAAUAAUUGUAAAUAAGGCACUCAAACACACACACACCACGAUACCCUCUCUCUGGCAAAAGGAAUACAUCGAAAGUUUGUUGAAAAAAAAAAAUACAUAUAUAAAAAAAUUAAAAAAAAAACUAUAAUCAGUUUGAAAUUUAUUAUAUUUGAGUAUUUGAUCGAGUUGAAGGACGAUUUUGUAACUAAUCAUUAAAAAUAGAAAAAAAAUUCUAAUAAAAUUAAUUAUUAAUAAAAAAAUAAAUUGUUGUAGCAUUUAAAUAGCCUACUACAUCCCAGUUAGUACUUUAUAUUUAAAAAUUAUAAAAAAAAAUAAAACAAAAAAACGUUUAUGUAAAUAAUAUCUAAGAAAAUCAUAUUUAGUUUAGUUUAAUAAAUAAAUAAAAAAAAUAAUAAAAU